AUCUAAAAAUAUAAAAAUGAAUUUAUUCUUUGCAAAUAAAGUUGAUUGAACUUUGAUGACAGGAACUGUCAAGCCUAAAAAAAAUUACAAGCCUUCCUUUUGCAGUGAAAUGCAUUCAAGUUUUAAAUCUAUUUUCCUUUUUUAUAUUGAAACAUCAUAGUUUUGCAGUUUUAAUUCAGUUUACUAAAUGCACAAGUUUAUAAGUAACCUCAUAUGUCUAAAAACAUCGUCCAUGUGUAAAGUUUCAUGAAGGUUUACGCCCUUGAAAAUCAGUGUUACAUACAAAGAAGGCUAAUGUCAGCAUAGCAACAAUACUUCGGAUAUACCUCUAUUCCUAUAUUAUGGAAUAAUUAUUGUACUUAUUCGGUGCCUUUAUGAGAUGAGCAAGUAUAAUGUGCAUGGUGCUGUUCAUGAAGAAAGAAUAUUAAUUUCAUAGUUUAUCAUUUAUGGUAAGUGACCGGUGCUCAUUAGAGUAAAAUGAUCACUAGAAGAUGGUUCCACCCAUCGCUGAACGGGGUGGAGGCAGAAAAGCUGCUUUUGGAGUGCGGACGAGACGGUUCAUUCCUAGCACGACCGAGUAUGAGCAACAAGGGAGACUUCACACUGUCUGUGAGACGAGGCAAGGAGGUCACGCACAUCAAGAUACAGAACAAUGGGGAGUUCCUCGACCUCUACGGAGGGGACACCUUCGCAACACUCUCAGAGCUGGUACAAUACUACAUGGACAACACCGACGCGCUAAGAGAAAAGAGCGGCAGCAUCAUCCGGUUAAAAUCGCCACUAAACUGUGCUGAUCCAACCACAGAGCGGUGGUACCACGGCCAGCUGACCGCCAAGGAAGCUGAACGCAUGAUGCUAGAAAACGGCAAAAACGGCUCAUUCCUCGUCCGCGAAUCCCAAUCACAGCCGGGAGACUUCGUGGUGUCGGUGCGGACGAGGGACCACGUGACGCACAUCAUCAUCCGUCGCCACGGAGGAUUAUACGACAUUGGAGGCGGCCAGCAGUUCCCGGACCUAGUGUCGUUGGUUGAACACUACCGAGCUUACCCUAUGGUGGAGUCUACAGGAGAUGUGGUUAGAUUAGUGCAGCCGUUGAACGCUACAAGGCUGCAAGUGCGCCAUCUGCCGGCAAGAGUCAAACAACUGCAGAAAGAGAAUGAAGGCCCGCUCGAAACGCUCGCAUAUAAACAAGGCUUCUGGGAGGAGUUCGAGACGUUACAGAUGAUGGAGAAUCUACAACUCUUCGACAGAAUGGAAGGCUCGAAACCGGAGAACAUAAGGAAGAACAGAUACAAGAAUAUUAUUCCAUUCGAUCACACGCGUGUGGUGCUCAAAGACAUACCGGAAGGCUCGCCGGCCGGCGCGGAUUACAUCAACGCGAACUACAUAAGAUGCGAGCCGUUCGAGCUUCAAGACUGUUCGUAUGUAGUGGCGGCUCGGGCGGCGGCGGGCGCGGGGGGCGGGGGCGGGGACGAGCCGGCGUCGCCCACGCACACGGCGGUCAUGGUGUCCGCGGAGCCGGUGCGCCGCGCCCCCCCCGCCGCCCCGCGCCGCCGCAUCUGGGAGCCCUGCCUCCUCCCCCCGACCGCCCCCGCGCACCCCGGCGACCCCCCCGCGCCGCCCGAACCCGUCUACAAUAAAACCUACAUCGCCACGCAGGGCUGCCUCCCGUCCACUGUGCACCAGUUCUGGUCCAUGAUCUGGCAGGAGGACGUGCGCAUUAUAAUAAUGACCACGAAGGAGAUCGAGCGCGGAAAGGUUAAAUGCGAGCGGUACUGGCCCGAGCUCGGGAAAAGCGAGACGAUUAAGAACUUAACAGUGAGCAACGAAGAGGAGUCUUCUACACAGGAUUAUACGCUACGGCGGUUUAAAGUGAUGAAGGAAGGGAGCGCGGAGGGGAGGAGCAUACUCCACUUCCACUUCACGGCGUGGCCGGACCACGGCGUGCCGGGCGAGCCGGGCCGCGUGCUCAACAUCCUCAUGGACGUGAACCUGCAGCUGCAAGCUCUCAUGGAGGCGCCCGACGCGCCCGCCGCCGUCACCAUCUGCGUGCACUGCUCCGCCGGCAUCGGCCGCACCGGCACCUUCAUCGUCAUAGACAUGAUCCUCGACCAGAUCCGCAGAGAAGGCUUCGACUGCGAGAUCGACGUGCAUAGAACGGUCCAAAUGGUGCGCGACCAGCGGUCGGGAAUGGUGCAAAACGAGGCGCAGUAUAAGUUUAUUUACCUGGCGGUGUUGGAGUUUGUGGAGACGGUGCUGGCGCGAGUGGGGCAGCCGUCCACCCCCGGCGCCCCCUCCCUCCCCGCAACCCCCUCCCUGCCCGCCCUCAAUGACGUCCACCGCCGCACUAACCACGCCCCCUUCACCUUAUGAGCCGCGGCCGCCGCGCCACCACCGCCCUUCUAUCGAAAGCUCUUUCGAUUGUCGAAGAAAAUCGUCGACUUCAGGUGAAUUGGCCGGCAUUAUUAAGUGACGCGACGCUGUCGUGUGUUGUGUAUAGGUUUAUACGGUAUGUAACUUGGUGUUAUACAAGGUAUAGUACAUAAUGUCUCACGUUUUUGUGAUCGGUUCUAUGAGUUGUUUCGGCAGUUUCGAUGAAGUUAUUGUAGGGAUUUACGUGUAUUUUUGUAUUUGGUACUAAACGGGUGCCGAACGUGCUUGUUGUUUGCGGCGCCGGUGUGAUAGUGCUUAGGAUAUCGUUUAUUAUUCGCUUGCAGUAUUUAUGUAAGUUGUGUUUGUUUGGACAGGACGAAAGACCUGCUAAAAAUGUUUAUGAAGUGUUAAAACAUAAAUC